GUAGGAACGAAGGCACUAUAUAUACAUGCAUCCUCAUUCUAUUCUCCAUCAUACACUCUACACUUACAUCUAUUAUAUCGAUCAAAAUCAUCUGUUAUCUUAUCUGAUCUAAGAUUUGAAGGGCGGAAAUGGCGGGUCAAGGAAAGAUUGAAGUGGACGUGGAGGUCAACGUUGGUGCAGAGAAGCUGUGGAGUAGCCUUAAGGACUCCAUCAACGUCUUCCCCAAGGCCUUCCCUGAACAAUACAAGAGUAUUGAGGUGGUUGAAGGUGAUGGAGUUUCUGUUGGCUCCGUCCGCUUGGUCACCUUUGCCGAAGGGACACCACUGGUGACAUUCUCAAAGGAGAAGAUAGAGUCAGUGGAUGAAGAGAAGAAGAGCUUGAGCUACAAUGUGAUUGAGGGAGACAUCCUGAAAUACUACAAGAGUUUCAAGGCUAAUGUGGGAGUGACUCCACAGGGAGAUGGAAGCCUGGUUAAGUGGUGCUGUGAAUUUGAGAAGGCCAGUGAUGAGGUCCCUGAGCCCAGCCUCAUCAAGGAUGCUGCUGUUAAGACCUUCAAGGGUCUUGAAGUUUAUCUCAAG